UUUUUUUUUCUUUUUUCCUUGUUUUUACUUAAUUAUAUUCCUAAUCCUGGAUGAAGUUGCUGGAUUCUGCAGCACAAGUCUUCAUGAACAAGCAGCACCGCUCAGAGAUUUCACGGCAUUCAAAGGUCACAGAACUGCCACUAUGGUUAAAUGUCUUGUUUAAUGGUUGAGAGGUGUGGCGAAAUCUUGUUUGAAAACCCUGAUCAGAAUGUCAAAUGUGUUUGCAUGCUAGGAGAUGUACGACUAAGGGGUCAGACGGGGGCUCCUGCUGAACGCCGUGGCUCCUACCCAUUCAUUGACUUCCGCCUACUUAACAAUACAACACACUCAGGGGAAAUUGGCACUAAAAAAAAGGUGAAAAGACUGUUAAGCUUUCAAAGAUACUUCCAUGCAUCAAGGCUGCUUCGUGGAAUUAUACCACAAGCCCCUCUCCACCUGCUGGAUGAAGACUACCUUGGACAAGCAAGGCAUAUGCUCUCCAAAGUGGGAAUGUGGGAUUUUGACAUUUUCUUAUUUGAUCGCUUGACAAAUGGAAACAGCCUGGUAACACUGCUGUGCCACCUCUUCAACACCCAUGGACUCAUUCACCAUUUCAAGCUAGACAUGGUGACCUUGCACAGGUUUUUAGUCAUGGUUCAAGAAGAUUACCACAGCCAAAACCCGUAUCACAACGCUGUUCACGCAGCUGAUGUCACCCAGGCCAUGCACUGCUACCUGAAAGAGCCAAAGCUCGCCGGCUUCCUCACACCUCUGGACAUCAUGCUUGGACUGCUUGCUGCAGCAGCCCACGAUGUUGACCAUCCAGGAGUGAACCAGCCAUUUUUGAUCAAAACUAACCACCAUCUCGCCAACCUAUACCAGAAUAUGUCUGUGCUGGAGAAUCACCACUGGCGAUCUACGAUCGGCAUGCUUCGAGAAUCGAGGCUUCUUGCUCACUUGCCAGAGGAAAUGACACAGGAUAUUGAACAGCAGCUGGGCUCCUUGAUCUUGGCCACAGACAUCAACAGGCAGAAUGAAUUUCUGACCAGACUGAAAACUCACCUCCACAAUAAAGACUUAAGACUGGAGGAUGCACACGACAGACACUUUAUGCUUCAGAUUGCCUUGAAGUGUGCUGACAUUUGCAAUCCUUGUAGAAUCUGGGAGAUGAGCAAGCAAUGGAGUGAAAGGGUCUGUGAAGAAUUCUACAGGCAAGGUGACCUUGAACAGAAAUUUGAACUGGAAAUCAGUCCGCUUUGUAAUCAACAGAAAGAUUCAAUCCCUAGUAUACAAAUUGGUUUCAUGAGCUACAUCGUGGAGCCACUUUUCCGGGAGUGGGCCCGUUUCACGGGCCCCAGCGCCCUGUCGGAGAACAUGCUACGCCACCUGUCCCACAACAAAGCCCAGUGGAAGAGCCUGCUGCCCACGCCCCACAGGAGCGGUGGCGCGGAGCACGCGGGCCAGGGGACUGACAGCGACGUGCCCACUGGGACCAAAGGCGACGCCCCGUAGUCCCAGCCAGUCCGCCCCCGCUCGGCGCAGAGAGGAGAACCUCCUGGAGCAGAGGCCUCCUGAGAGGGUGGCACCUCUUGGCCACCAGGCCAGCCACGUGCUGGGAUCCGUCCCGGGCUUUUUGCAAGGCCGCCCUCCUCCCACUCACCUGCCUCCUCUCCUUUUUCCAAGUGUACAGAAGCCAUCCGUCACCUCAGCAUUUGCUGCCGAAGUAAGCAACUCCAUUCAGGAACGUGGGCGCCGAUCUCGGGGGGAUGAGGGGGUCAGGUUCGCCCCUCCAGGAGAAGACUGGGGAGUAAGAAAGAGGUGCUCCUGCCAUGUCCUCCUCGGGCCCCGGGUCACACUGUGACAGGCGACGGUGGCUGAGUCCAGAGCAGUUUUUUGUUUUGGUUUUUU